AUGAAUUGGUUUCCAUUAUUCAUUGAAACUGUCAUUCAUAUAUCACAAUCUGAUUUAAUCAAAAAAUAUUUAUUAUGCAAAUGUGAACUCGACUGUAUCAAUAAUGAAUUAGAACAAAAAUCAAUGGAAGACUUUCGUCAAUAUUACAAAGCAAUCGAGGUUAUAUCAUGGCAUACACCUGAUAUACAUCAUCAAUUAGAAAAACUUCAUUUGAAUUAUAUUAAUCUAUUACCAAUUGAGCAAAAACAAUGGACUCUUUAUUGUGAACAAGGUGUUAGCAGUGAAGAAAUGAACAAAACCAGAAUCAAUGUUAAUAGUUUAAUUUAA